AAACAAAUGCACGUGCGUUGUUUUUAGAAACAUGGAUGAGCAUGAUAUAUUUAAACUUAUUACGGCGGGCGUACGCUUUACCAAGAAGUCCAAGAAGGAGCAACCCACCAAACCACAGUUGCAGCCCAAGAUUUCCAAGAAAGAGGAGCCGGUAAAAAGUAAAAAGUCAAAGGAAGAUGACCAGGACUCCACAGAAUUUCGCCUGCUGGCUGGAGAAUCCACCACUGAACCCAAACGCAAGAAGCCCAAGGAGGGGAAGGCACCCUCCGCCAAAGAGUUAGAGCUGCAAAAGGUCGCCGAUCAGGCGAAUGAGACCAGGAAGCAGUUCGGCAUCAGUGCGCUGGGCAAGAGGAUUCCCCCACCAGUGGCCAGUUUUGAGGCACUGACCAGGGACUUCAAGCUGCUGCCCCGUCUGCAGCAGAACCUGCUGGCCCGCAACUUCGAUCAGCCUACGCCCAUCCAGAUGCAGGCACUGCCCGUGCUCCUCCAGCGACGAGCUCUAAUGGCUUGUGCGCCUACUGGAUCCGGAAAAACGUUGGCCUUCCUAACGCCCAUCAUCGAUGGGCUGAGGGCCCACAAAACCAGCGGUCUGAGGGCCUUGGUCUUGGCCCCCACCCGCGAGUUGGCCCAGCAAAUCUACCGGGAAUGUGCCGAACUCACUCGCGAAACGGGCCUGCGUACCCACUUCAUCAGCAAGGUGAGCGAGGCAAAGCAGAAACACGGCACCGAAUGCAAACAGCGCUACGACAUAUUGGUCUCCACCCCGAACCGCGUGAGAUUUCUUCUGCAGCAGGAACCACCGCUGCUGGAUUUGUCGCAAGUCGAAUGGUUUGUUCUGGACGAGGCGGAUCGCUUGAUGGAAGAGGGCCAAAACAACUUCAAAGAGCAGCUGGAUGACAUUUACGCCGCCUGCUCCCUUCCAACCAAGUGCGUAGCCUUUUUCAGUGCCACCUACACGGUCCCAGUGGCGAAAUGGGCUCUACGUCACCUUAAGAACCUGGUGCGCAUCACCAUUGGAGUGCAAAACAGUGCCACGGAGUCGGUGCAGCAGGAACUGCUGUUCGUGGGAUCCGAGGGCGGCAAACUGGUGGCCAUGCGAGAUUUGGUUCGCCAGGGUCUCCAGCCGCCGGUGCUCGUUUUCGUGCAGAGCAAGGAGCGCGCCAAGCAGCUGUUCGAGGAGCUGCUCUACGACGGAAUCAACGUGGACGUGAUUCAUGCCGAACGGAGCCAGCAUCAGCGUGACAAUUGCGUGAGAGCCUUCCGCGAGGGCAGCAUUUGGGUGCUUAUCUGUACGGAGCUCAUGGGCCGAGGCAUUGACUUCAAGGGCGUCAAUCUGGUGAUCAACUACGACUUUCCGCCCACCACCAUCUCGUAUAUCCAUCGAAUAGGAAGGACUGGACGAGCAGGACGCCCAGGACGGGCCAUAACAUUCUUCACACAGGAAGACACAGCCAAUUUAAGAAGCAUUGCGGUUAUAAUUAAGAACUCUGGAGGGACCGUUCCGGAGUAUAUGUUACAAAUGAAAAAGGUUAAAAAAUCGGAGGCCAAAAUACGGGCCAAGAAACCUCUAGAUCGCGAGGACAUAUCGACCAAGAUCCGCCCGGAGACAAAAAGCGACGAGAUCCACAAGUCCGCAAAACUGAAAAAAGUCGAAAAGACGGAAAAAAUUAUUAAAAAGCGUCAAGGCAAAGAAAAAGAUUUAAAGCCGAAGCAAAAGAAGUUGGGAAAAAUCAAGGUUGACCUCAAGGCUGUCGAUAAAAGGAAAGGAAAAGCGUCAAAAACAAGAAAAGAAAAGGUGUAAUUUUAAAACAAAUUAUAAAUUACGUACGCUUAAAUGAGAAAGAAAAAACUUUUUUAUUUUCUCCAACAAAUCUGCAAAUUAUAGUUAAAAACCGUUACAAAGAAUAUUGCAUAAUAUUUUAAUAAUAAUAAUAGUUUUUAAAAUACGAA